UUUCAUUCUCCAUUGUUGGUGCCUCUCCUCUUCUUCCCCUUUUAGCUAGGUUUUAAUUUGGGCAUCUCGACUUCAAACUCUAUAUUACGUAGAAAUUCAAAUGGACUCUCCUCCUCCUCCAUUUUGAUUCAGGCUUUCCAUUAUAGUCCAAAAUUCAACUUUUGAAGAUGGAGUAUGCUACUGAAUCAAGGAGAACAACAAUUCAUCUCCCCAGUCCUUGUUUCACGAAGAAAGGGACCACUACGCGGGUAACUCUCGAGAAAACAAGUGAUGCUGAAAGUAAGGAGACUUGGAGUUGGUUUCUAACAAAUCUUGGAUAUGACUUAAAGAUAACAAAUAGUCACCACAUUGCCUUCAUGUCUGACAGACAAAAAGGAUUGAUUGGAGUUGUUAAGGAAUUGUUUUCAGAAACAGAACAUAGAAAUUGUGUUAGACACAUGUAUCAAAAUUUUAGGCAGAAAUAUAAAGGUAAGGCACUAAAGGAUCUAGUAUGGAAUGUAGCAAGAGCAAGUAAUGAGGUGAAAUUUAAGAUUUGUAUGGAACGACUCGAGCAAGAGGACAGAGAGGCUAGAAAAUGGUUCGAUCAUCCUGAAAGACCAUUUCAGACCUGGAAUAGAGCAUUGUUCAAGACACAUAGUAGAUGUGACAUGCUCUUGAAUAACCUUUGUGAAAGUUUCAAUAGGUACAUACUUGAUGUAAAAGAUAAAUCAAUUAUAGCUCUAUUGAAAAUGAUAAAGAAUAAGCUUAUGAAAAGGUUGUAUAAGAAAAAGGAAUGGAUUAACAAGUACCAAGGUAUUAUCUGUCCAAAAAUUGAAUUUUUUUUUAAUCAAAUAAGACUUGAAGCAGCAUUGUUUAGACCAAAUUUUUCUGGUGGACCAAGGGUGUCGGUUGAAGGUCCAGGAGGGCCAUAUAUUGUGGAUAUGCAAAAAAAGAGUUGUACGUGUAGGAGAUGGGAUUAAACAGGACUGCCUUGUCUGCAUGCUUUGGUUAGUAUUCAUGGAAAUAGUGAUAAAGUUGAAGACUUUGUGAAUGUAUAGUACAAGGUUGAAACUUUCAAAAAUGUGUACUCAUAUUUCAUUAACCCAACCAACCCCGAAGAUCAUUGGCCAGAUGUAAUGAAUGGUAGUGAGGUUCUUCCUCCUAAGAUAGUAAAAAAGAAGAGAGGGAGAAAGCCUAAAUUAAGACGAAAGAAAGCUGAAAGAAUUAGAAAAACAGAAACAAGCUGAAGUGCAAAGGCACGCUAAAAGAAGGUCAGUGAAAAAGGAUGAAGAACCGGCUUCAAAGAAAUUAUUGAAAAAUGGCUCUAUUCAUAUAAAGUAUUUGAUAUGCAAAAAAGAUGGACACAAUGCAAGAGGUCACUAUAAGUAUGUCAACAUUGUUGUGCCUGAAGCAAGACAACCUUUUGAAACUUAAGACCUAGUGUCUGAUUAUGUCUCGUUGGAAUACUCAGACCAAUUUAACCAUGAUAUGUGGGAUAAUUCUCAAUUGGAAGUCGAUUUAAUAAAUCAAUCUAUCAUAUCUCAGGAACUAAGACAACAAUCAACUGGUGUUGAAUGCGUUCAAGAUGAAGUUGUUCGAGUCACAGACAUUAUAAAUGUGAAUGAUGAAGGUGCUGAUUAUGUGCGAGGAGCUCAGUCUGCUCAAGAUGAAGGUAUUGAUUGUGCACGAAGAGCUCGGUGUGCUCUAGAGAAGAGUGAUGAUUGUAUGCGAGGAGCUCAGUGUGCUCAAGAUGAAACCGUUGAUUGUAUGCAAUGAACUCGAUGUUCUCAAGAUGAAAGUAUUGAUUGUAUGCAAGGAGCUCGGCGCGCUCAAGACGAAAGUGCUCAGGCAGGCUUAUCAAAAAGAGGCAGACUUUACAAGAAAAAUGUUAUGAAUGAUUAUGUUUGUGAAGUGUCGAUGAAAAGGUCUAGGAAGUGUUAAUGACACUAUAUAUUAAGUGUCUUAUCUUGUUAAAACUUGUGGUCUUGUGACUUUUACUCAUUAGUUAGGAAAUGCUAAUAUGACACUGUAUAAAAUGUCUUAUUUUGUUAAAACUUGUGGUCAUGUGACCUUAACUCAUCAGUUAGGAAGUGUAGAUAUGACACUGUAUAUAAAGUGUCUUAUUUUGUUAAAAAUUGCGGUUGUGUGACCUUCACUCAUUUGUUUAAUGUGUUAUUUUAUAUGCAUU